CAGGCGAUGUGGGGAGGCCGGGGCAGCCGCGGGGCUGGAGGCGGAGCCAAUGACCUCGAGGGCACCGCCCCGUCCCGCCGCCGAAGCCGUCGGCAGAGCACGGAGCAGGGAGCCCAGGGCGGUUGCAGCGCCCGUGACUCCGAGGACGGGGCCAUGCAGGGCCGGGCGGACGCGGGCGAGGCCGACGAGGAGGCUGCGGCCGGUUCGGGGUCGGAGGCCGAAGAGGACGCUCUGUGGGAGCGGAUCGAGGGCGUCCGCCACCGGCUGACGCGUGCCCUGAACCCGGCCAAGCUCACGCCGUAUCUGCGCCAGUGCCGUGUCCUAGACGAACAGGACGAGGAGGAGGUGCUCAGCACCUACCGUUUCCCGUGCCGAGCUAACCGCACCGGGCGACUCAUAGAUAUUUUGCGUUGCCGAGGCAAGAGGGGCUUCGAGGCCUUCCUGGAAGCGCUGGAAUUCUACUACCCAGAACACUUCACACUGCUCACCGGCCAAGAGCCCGCCCAACGCUGCUCCAUGAUCCUGGACGAGGAAGGGCCUGAGGGCCUGACUCAGUUCUUGAUGACUGAGGUACGGAGGCUUCGCGAAGCUCGGAAGAGCCAGUUGCACCGAGAACAGCAACUGCAGGCCCGAGGCCGGGCGCUGGAGGAGGAGCGGGCAGGGCUGGAGCAGCGGCUGCGGGAGCAGCAGGCGGCACAGGAGCGCUGCCAGCGGCUGCGGGAGGACUGGGAGGCGGGCAGCCUGGAGCUGCUGAGACUCAAGGAUGAGAACUACAUGAUUGCCAUGCGCCUGGCUCAACUCAGCGAGGAGAAGAACUCAGCUGUGCUGCGUAGCCGAGACCUGCAGCUUGCAGUGGAUCAGCUCAAGCUCAAAGUCAGCCGGCUGGAGGAAGAGUGUGCGCUGCUGCGGAGGGCCCGGGGGCCGCUGCUGCCUGGGGCCGAAGAGAAGGAGAAGGAGCCCGAUGGUGCGGAUCUUCUCUCUGAGCUUCGGGCAGAGAACCAGCGGCUGAUGGCUUCACUGCAGGAGCUCCAGGAAGGUCUGCAGCAGGAGAUGAGCCGGCCAGGGUCUGCAGGAUCUGAACGCAUCCUAUUGGACAUCCUGGAGCAUGACUGGAGGGAGGCGCAGGACAGCAGGCAGGAGCUGUGUCAGAAGCUGCACGCUGUGCAGGGCGAGCUACAGUGGGCUGAGGAACUGCGGGACAAGUACCUGCAAGAGAUGGAAGAUCUGCGGCUCAAACAUCGGACGCUGCUGAAGGACUGUGACCUCUAUAAGCACCGCAUGGCCACUGUGCUGGCCCAGCUGGAGGAGAUUGAGAAGGAGCGAGACCAGGCAAUCCAGAGCCGAGACCGGAUCCAGUUGCAGUACUCCCAGAGCCUCAUUGAGAAAGAUCAGUACCGCAAGCAGGUGCGGGGACUAGAGGCAGAGCGUGACAAGCUGCUUACCACAGUCACCAGCUUGGAGGGGACCAAGGCCAUGCUGGAGGCACAGCUGCAGAGGACGCAAGGGGGCUCCUGUCUCAAGGCCUGUGCCUCCUCCCAUUCCCUGUGCUCCAACCUCAGCAGCACCUGGAGCCUCAGCGAGUUUCCGUCCCCACUGGGAGGCCCGGAAGCUACAGGAGAAGCUGGGGGAUCUGAGCCCCACACCUCGGAGGAAGCCACAGACAGUGAGAAGGAGAUCAACCGGCUUUCCAUUCUGCCCUUUCCACCCAGUGCCGGCUCCAUUCUCCGCCGGCAGCGUGAGGACGACCCAGAGCCCCCUAAGAGGUCUUUUAGCAGCAUGUCGGAUAUCACAGGGAGCGUGACCCUUAAGCCCUGGUCCCCUGGCCUCUCUUCAUCAUCAUCCUCUGACAGCGUGUGGCCUUUGGGAAAGCCGGAAGGCCUCCUGGCCCGGGGCUGUGGCCUGGACCUCCUCAAUAGGUCUCUGGCCAUCCGAGUGUCUGGCUGGAGUCCUCCUGGGGGCCUGGAGCCUCAGGAUAAGAGUCCGGAUAGCCUGCCUGGGCUUGGGGACAGAUGGUCUGGGGCCGUGGUACGAAGGGUGCUGUCUGGGCCUGGGUCAGCCAGGACAGAACAGAAGGAGCCAAGGGCAGAAGGCAGUGGCCUGGAGGGGGCCGGCUUGGAAGCUGAGGCUCAGCAGAGGACCUUGCCCUGGAACCAUGGCUCUACAUGUCCCUUCCUGCUGGACUCAAAGGCCUGUCAGUCCUUCCAUGAGGCCCUGGAUGCCUGGGCAAAAGGGCCGGGUGCCGAGCCCUUCUACAUCCGAGCCAACCUCUCCCUCCCCGAGCGGGCGGAUCCCCACGCCCUUUGUGUGAAAGCCCAAGAGAUCCUACGGCUAGUGGACCCAGCAUACAAGCGGAGGCAGGAAUGGUUCUGCACACGAGUCGACCCCCUCACCUUACGGGACCUGGACCGGGGCACUGUGCCCAAUUAUCAGAGAGCUCAGCAGCUCCUAGAAGUCCAGGAAAAAUGGCUGCCAUCUGGCAGGCACCGAAGUCCUCGAAGCAAUCUGAAGAAGCGAGCCCUGGGGCUGGUGAGGCCCAAGCCUGCAGGGGGCACUGCAGGAGACUCAGCGGACCAGCCACCUGCAGAGCUCUGUUCAGAGUUAGAGCGAAGCCUCAAGCCCUACAGCUUGGUGCGACCACUAUUGGUAUCUGCCCUGCGGCCCGUGGUCCUCCUGCCUGAGUGCCUGGCUCCUCGGCUCAUCCGCAACCUGCUGGAUCUGCCCAGCUCCAGGCUGGACUUCCAAGUGUGCUCUGCAGAAAGCCUCUCUGGAGAGGAACAGUGCACACCCUCAGCUCCUGGAGCCCCAAAGGCCUGGCCUGCCACUCCUGGGCUGGGCAGCAGGAUCCGUGCCAUCCAGGAAUCUGUUGGGAAGAAGAAGCACUGUCUGUUGGAGCUGGGUGCACGGGGCGUGCGGGAGUUGGUGCACAGUGAGGUCUACCCCAUAGUCAUCCACGUGGAGGUGACAGAAAAGAACGUCCGUGAGAUCAGGGGCCUGCUGGGCCGGCCAGGCUGGCGGGAUUCAGAGCUGCUCCGUCAGUGCCGGAGCUCAGAACAGUGGCUCUGGGGACUGCCGUGUUCCUGGGUGCAAGUGCCUGCCCAUGCAUGGGGCCAUGCAGAAGAGCUGGCCAAGGUGGUGCGUGGCCGUAUCUUGCAGGAACAGGCUCGCCUUGUGUGGGUGGAGCGAGGCAGCAGCCGAGGAGGCAGUGGCAGCAGCAGUGAGGCCUGAGGACCCCUCCUGUACCUAGGCCUUUUCCAGCCACUAUCCAGACCUCCUCCAUCAGAUGCUUGGCCUCCUCCAUCAGAUGCCUGGCCUCCUCCAUCAGAUGCCUGGCCUCCUCCAUCAGAUGCCUGGCCUCCUCCAUCAGAUGCCUUGCUUCCUCCAUCAGAUGCCUGGCCUCCUACAUCAGAUGCCUGGCCUCCUCCAUCAGAUGCUUGGCCUCCUCCAUCAGAUGCCUGGCCUCCUCCAUCAGAUGCCUGGCCUCCUCCAUCAGAUGCCUGGCCUCCUCCAUCAGAUGCCUGGCCUCCUCCAUCAGAUGCCUUGCUUCCUCCAUCAGAUGCCUGG